GUAAUCAAAGUAUUAAACUAAAAUAUUUAUUUAUUUUUUAUAUUUUUGCGCUUUGCUUCGAUGAAGCGUUUGCUUUGCUUCUCGCCUAGGCCUCAGGAGACCGGUUUGCUUCACACAUUAAAUAACAUUGGAUCAUUGAAUAUUAUUCAAGUCUUAGUGGAACGACUGUUACUGCUCAUCCAUCAAUAAUUCUGGUUUGGCUUCCUUCUUCCACAACUUGUCAAUUGCUGAGCUUCUGUUUGCGAAUGUUUGUCAGGUGAUUAGACUUUACAAAGACAAAGAGCAUGCUGAAGUUGAAUUCACUAUUGGUCCAAUUCCCAUGGAAGAUGGUAUUGGAAAGGAGGUCAUCACAAGAAUGACAGCCAACAUUGCCACAGACAAAGUUUUCUACACUGACUCCAAUGGGAGGGACUUCCUAAAACGGGUUCGAGAUUACAGAGCAGACUGGUCUCUUCGAGUGACUCAACCCGUGGCGGGAAACUAUUAUCCACUCAAUCUUGGAAUUUUCGAAGCAGAUAAGCAAGCCGAAUUCUCAGUUUUAGUUGACCGUGCCACUGGAGGAGCUAGCAUCAAAGAUGGAGAAGUAGAACUUAUGCUUCAUAGGCGUAUGAUCUUUGAUGAUUCUAGAGGAGUGGAUGAAGCACUUGAUGAGACAGUGUGUGCUGAGAAUACAUGCGAAGGACUCACGGUCCAUGUCAAUCAAAUCGAGGCCUUUGCUUAUAUCAUGUCUGGAUUUGUCAUUGACCUGGAUGUUCAAAUAAAGAUUCUGAUAAAACCCCCUAGCCUGGCAUGGCAAGGGAAUGGGUUUUUCUAG